AUGAUAGCUCUUUAUGUAACAGACCUUGUCGCAGAGCUAAAGGCCGUUGGGAGCAUUAUUUAUCAAAACCUCGUAGACACUGUCUUGUAUGUGGCAAGUCUACUGGUGCUGAUUGUGGUCGAUGUAAAUUACAUGCUG